GCGCUCCGGGUACGAACUGCAUCAUAUUCAAGAUGUCGGCGGUGUCUGUGUAUCCCAUGUGUGUCCGGGCGAGCCGGGGCCUGCUCAGACUGAGGCAGGGGGCCCGCUGCUCCACGGCCCCUCCGCUGCUGGAUGUCGUCCGGCCUUUAUCCGCUGACACGUCCAGUAGCAGCGCAACAGGGGGACUGGCACAGGCGAUACUGCAGGAAAGGCUUCAGCAGCAGCAGAAGAGCCAGGAACAGCCUCCUCCAGAGGGUGAAGACUCUGGCCACAAGCAAGAUGAGCAGGGCGAGGACAAGAAACAGAAAGAGAACACUGCAUACGCCAAGAAGAUGGUCCUUCGGUUAGCAGGAAUUAUGGGACUUGGAGGCACAGUUGGCAUUGUAUAUAUAUUUGGCAGCAAUUCUGUGGAUGAACAAGGAAAUAAGAUUCCAGAUGAGUUUGAUAAUGAUGUUCCUGUCAUCCAGCAGCUUAGAAGAACCUUUAAAUAUUUCAAAGAUUACAGACAGAUGAUCAUCGAGCCCACAAGCCCAAAGCUUCUUCCAGACCCUCUACGAGAGCCUUAUUACCAGCCUCCAUAUACUCUGGUGCUGGAGCUCACAGAUGUCCUUCUCCAUCCAGAGUGGUCGUUGGCCACAGGUUGGCGUUUUAAGAAGAGGCCUGGCAUCGACUACUUGUUUCAGCAAUUGGCGCCACUUUAUGAGAUAGUCAUCUUCACAUCAGAGACAGGCAUGACAGCAUACCCCUUGAUCGACAGCAUAGACCCUCAAGGAUUCGUGAUGUACCGACUCUUCAGGGAUGCCACACGUUACAUGGAAGGCCACCAUGUUAAGGACGUGUCUUGUUUGAACAGAGACACCUCUAAAGUCAUCGUGGUGGACUGUAAGCGGGAGGCUUUCGGUCUGCAGCCCUUCAACGGUUUGGCGCUGUGCAAGUGGGAUGGAAACUCAGAGGAUCGCACUCUGUAUGACCUGGCUGCUUUCCUUAAAACUAUUGCCAUCAGCGGGGUGGAGGAUGUGCGUUCAGUAUUAGAGAACUACGCCCAUGAGGAAGACCCUAUUGAAGCUUUCAAAAGAAGACAGGCACAGCUUGCACAGGAAGAAGAACAGAGAAUUUCAGAAAUGGCGCAACAGAAGAAACAGGGCUUUUCAUUAGGCACCAUUGCAGGUCGUUUCUGGUCCCGAAAGCAGCAGUGAAGACUCGUCCUGCUCGCACCACCCGAAACCACCCCGUCUGGACUGUGAGCAGCCAUUAAGAUGAGGGUCACAGUCGAACAGGAGGACGGUGUAAGUGGGCACACAAUGGCAUGUGUGGAGAAACAUCCAAUCGGGCUAUGCUGAACAGGAUUUUAGGGGUUGGAAAAGGAGUGACCAACUCUAAAAAGACAUUCAUUCCUGUGAAAGAUGGCACUACCUGGACAGAACAUGCACAUAUGAUGCUCUUAUGUAUGAUCUCACUGAUUAGAAAGGGUUUUGGGGUGGUUGGACCAGUCUCCACAAGAGUAAAAAUCACAAACUGAAGAACCGAUCAUAUGUUCAUCACGUUGGUCCCAUUUGAAACCCGUAACGGAUGCUGUAGGCCUGUAAUAGCCUGAUAUUAGACUUCAAUGUUUGACUGGCACAUGAAGCAAAACCUCGCAUUUAUGUUGGUGCUGCCAGUGAGUCUGAUAAAGCGAGCUCAAUCUGGUGCUGUUUCUCUUCAUGUCAGAAAUGGACCGUCUUGUCUGAGGAUGUGCUUGUGGAAUGUUCUUUGUAUUGCUUUUGUUGUGAAACACCCAGAAUAUCUCCAAUAAAUAAACUAUAACAAA